CGGCCGCGCCGUCGGGGAGGAGGCGUUCUGGAGUGAGCUCCUCCCUGGCGGCUACGUGGCCGUCUUCUACAGCGAUGACAAUGUGUGGCACGAGAGACUGCUGCUAGGCCAAGUGGAUGCGCAGCACUGGGUGAUCGAGACUCCCGACCACGACAUGUACGUCGAGAACAUUCUCUGCUCCAGCCCUGAGGACGGCCCGUGCCGCGCCGUGGUGCUGGAGGACAGUGGCGCGCUGCCCGUCUUUUUGCGGGGCCGCACCUACCGCUUCAAGGAGUACCUUGGGGAGGAGGACCUGUUGGCUCGUCUGCGUGAGGCUGGGCAGCUGGCAGUCGAGAUGGGUUACGGCAGGCCCGCGCACUCGCUGUACCUGGACUCCCUGGGUGAGCGUAAGCCGAUGCCCGUGGCUGAGGCUGCUGCGCGUCGCCGCCGCAAGGGCCCGCCGGCGCCGCCACCUUCGGAGCCGCCCCCGGCCAUCGGGGACAGUGCUGCAGGGUGGCCGCCUGAAGAUCGGCCCGCAGCUGACCACCUCGACGGGGGAGCCCUGCGGGAGAAGGUAGGCGGCACCGCGACGCCUCCCGCCCUGGAGGAUGCCGAGGUCUUGAGGGGCUCGACUCGCUGGGUGUCCAUGGAGACGCUCGGCGCCAUCAAGCGCGGGGACGAGAUCGAGCUGGCGGACAGCGACACGGUGAUGGGCGAGCGGGCGCUCCACAGGCUCCCCGACGGCCAGGUCAUCACCGCGUGCCCCGCCUCCAGCCUCGCCGCCAUCCAGGAGGUGCGCGGCGCGGGAGAUGGGGCCGACGCCCGCGUGCUCUCGCCGGUCGUCUACGACCCAGGAGGACGCCGCUGGUCGGAGUUCUCGGCGGCGGUUUCUCGCAUGCGGGUGGAGCCAAUGGACGACUUUCCGCUGGAGGGCGAGAGGUCGGCGCUGUGGCUCUUCCAGCAUGUACGGGGCCACGGCGGGACCUUCGAUGCGCGGCAGACGAAGUGGGCCAUGGAGCAGCGCAUCUCGCCUGACUCCACGGCUUUCCUGAUGCACGACCUGGUGGGGCUGGCGCUGGACUUGUCGGUGUGCUACGACCAGUGCGACGGCGGCAACCUCGCCAGCGCGGAGGCGCCGGCGCGGCCGUGCCAACUGGUGGAGGAGACCAGCGGGACACUGCAGCUGGAGGGGAUCGAGCACUACCUGGGCCGUGACAGGACAGGGGGACUGCGCCGCGGCGCGGCGCUCAACCCAUCGCUGGCACAGUACGCGACGGAGAAGAAGAGCAAGGAGACGGAGGUGAUGAAGCAGCGGAGGAAGGCUCGCGAGGAGGAGGAGGCCGCCAAGAAGAACAAGGGAGGCAAGUCAAGUGCUGGCAAGGAAGCCUUUGAUGAGCUUCUCGGGAGCACGCCCUCGACCUACACUGAUGGUGACGAGACUCCCCCCGUUCGGCCCUACUCGCGCGACUUGGUCAGCUGGCCGGCCAAAGGCAACGCGCCCGUGCCCCUGGCCACCAACGCGCCGCUGGACUUGCUCCAGUACUUGACAGAGGGCCAGCGUGACGUGAGGCUGCGGCAGCCGCGCGAGGUGCAGCAGGCGCGGCAGGGCGAGGGUCUGCCGACACUGUAUGGCGACACCAUUUUGAAGGAGGACCGCAGCGCCUACAUCGGCUUCAUCCAGGACGGCCUUGCCCGCGGGAUCUUCCGCCUGGCGCGUCGUCGGAAGGAGGCCAUCAAGAUAUUCUUCGUCAAGAAGAAGGACGGCAAGAUCCGCAUCGUGGUGGGCUGCCGUCGCAGCAACCAGCACUUCGUGGACGCGCCCAAGGUGCACCUCUUCCCCGGCAGCAGUUUCGCUGAGGUGGGGGUCCCAGAGGGUCGUCAACUUUUCUAUGUAGGGGGAGACGUUCAGAACGAGUUCUACCAGCACUGCAUGCCGGCCUGGCUGCCCUACUUCGGGAUGGACGCUGUGAAGGCGAGCGAGGUCGGCAUCGCACAGCUGGAUGGGCAGUACCUGGCCGGGGGCACCAUGCUCUAUCCUCUGAUGAAUGUGGUUCCUAUGGGCUGGAAGUGGGCACUGUACAUCGUUCAGCGCAUUCAUGAACACGUGCUCGAUGGAGUACCCGGGCUGGGGCCACGACGUCGGGCGAUUGACUUUCGACCACCGCCCCUACCAGGGGAGGGCGCGCUGCACGCGGUCUACGUGGACAACGUGCUGAUCGAGGGCCACGACAGGGACGAGGUGACGCGGCUGCGCCGAGUUGCGUGCGAGGCGCUGCAGGCGGCGGGCAACGCCACCCAUGACGAGUCGGACGCAGCCGAGAGCAUGGAGAUGCUGGGCGUCGCGCAGCAGGGGCAGCCUUGCCGCGUCGCCAUUGCGGCCAAGCGGUACUGGAGGCUCUGGAAGGCGCCCGAGUGGAUCCAUCGCCGGCGGCCGCCGAUGACCAGCCGCCAGCUCGAACGGCUGAUUGGCCACUUUACUUUCGUAGAUGUCCUGCCUUAUGAUGCAUGUGAGUCUGGGCGCGCUACAGUAAGGGGGGCCUGGACGGUGGGAGAUGCACAGUCUGUAGGUAGGUGGCAUGAGAGAUGGCGGUUCAAGAACGACGAGGACCCAGCAGGGUUCAAUCCGCGCGCCAACGCGUUGAAGGACGUCUCGGUGCUGGGGACUGGAGUCUGGGGAGAUAAGGAGGUCGAUUUCAGCAACGUCUACGUUAAUAGGGAGUUCCCCGAGGUGCCCGCGAACGUGGUAGAGUCUACGUCGUGGUCCGUCGAGCGGUUCCAACCCGUCUUCACGUAUGAGCCGAUACAUGUCACCGAGAUGCGAGGUUUUUUGGGAGCUAUUCGACAGGCCGUGCAGGAUCCAAAAGAUUGGGGUCGUUCGUGGUUGAUAUUGGGAGAUAAUAUUGGGCUCAUCUUGUCUCUCUCCAAGGGCAGGCCGAGCGAGACGCAGGAGGGCAAGCGGCAGAAGACCGGCCUGAACGUGUCGAGCUUGGUCGGGGCCAACCACCGAGCUCCGGGCGAGAAGGAGCUGAAGUUGCAGCAGAGGCGAGCCGCGAGGCGACUGGCCACCCACGGAGAGCUGCGGGACACGACAGAAGGCCCCGGUAUCACCGAGGAGGCCUCGCUGACGCUGAAGACCCGAGGUCAGUACAAGCGACUGCUCUCGGAUUUCCAGACGAAGCAGAAUGUCGUGGACCUCAGCCUGCACCCGGCGGAGGUGGACGCCCACGUGGUCUGCUACUUCGAUCGGCUUUUUCUCGAGGGCAAGGCGCCGUCGACAGGAGAGAAGCUCAUCGCAGCGAAACAGUAUGUUGUACUGGUGUACAAUGCCAAGGGUAUGAUGACCCUGCCCAGGGCGACGCGGUCGCUGCGGGGCUGGCGCCGCUUGGUGCCCAGGAGGACCCGCCGACCCCUGCCGUGGGAGGUGGUGGCCGCGAUCGCGGUGAACCUGCUGCGCAUGGAGGGACUGUGCAUGGCGCUGGCCUGGCUGCUGAUGGUGGACACCUACAUGCGGCCCGGAGAGUGCCUGGACCUCAAGACCUCGCAGGUGCUCAGGGCAACGUCGCAGCGGCACAUGGCGUUGGCGGCCAUCCUGCUGCACCCCGCCGAGCACGGCCAGUCUAGCAAGGUGGGGGCGGUGGACGAGAGCCUCAUCGUGAGUCGCCCCUGGCUGUCGGACAUACUGAUGAUGUACGUGGACGCCCGUCCCAGCGCGGGCCCCCUGUGGGACUUCAGCCUGAAGCAGAUGAAUGCGAGCUUCAUCGCCGUGUGCGGCGUGGUUGGCAUCAGCUACCUGAAGCCCGUCCUGUACAUGGGGAGCCACUCGGGUGCCAGUCUGGAUCGACUCCACAACCGCCUCGACCUCGCCGAAGUACAGCGUCUGGGAAGAUGGAGGAGCAUGGCGUCGGUCAGGAGGUACGAGAAGAGGGCCUUGGUGCAGGACGUCUACAACAAGCUAGACCAGCGCAGCCGUCUCAUGUGCACCAGGUGCGCGCUCGAGCUCGAGGCAACCAUGCUGAGAGCCGGCAAGCAGCUUCGCGCACACCGAGGCGUGCCGCCAGGAAAG